GGGGACUAUGUGACGUCCUUGUGUUUACUGGAGAUAUCUGCAGGGUGGCAGGACGAUAGGAGAUAAUAGGUGAGGGGCGUGGACUGAAAUAUGGCCGCUAUCACUUCGUCAUCACAGCAACACAGGAUGUGGGGAUUCUCGAUCUACCUUUGGAUGUUGUCGUUGCUCACGCUGACGUCGUCCCAGACUAUCCAGGCCCCGGAUCCCAGCGUGUGCACUCCCUCCGACGGCAGCAACCCAGGACCGACGCCCAAGCUGCCCGACACGUUCAGCGCUCGAGUGGAGUGCAACAUCCUCGACAAGAACUACACGACGGACGUGGAAGAAUGGUACGACCAGGUCGGCAACAGGGGCGCCGUACAACAGUGGGAGAUGGGCGUCAAGGCAAACAUCAUCUAUGACUACACGGCCGGCGAAUACAUCAUGGUGUUGGAGGCCAUCGAUGGCACGUUCGAGGGAUGUGUCGUCCAGCCUCUCUCACAGACAAGCAACAAGUACCUGUUUGGGAUGACGAAAAGUCCGAAUGGGUCUGAGAGUAUUUAUUCCGUUGGAGGGGCGAUGAGAUUUGGGAGGACUCUGAAGGAGACGUACUUAGGGGUGAAGCGCGUUAGGGGGAUCCUGGUGGACCAGUUUGAGUCCUGUGCGUAUCUGCAAGACUUCAAUGCCUCAGCCAAGAUCCUCUGGUCAUUCACAGCCAAGGACUCCUGGAACACUGCUAUAGCCAGGACGCAGGUGCCUGUCCGCUGCGAGAUCGUGGGCAAGAAGACGGUGAACGCCGGCACCAGCUCACCCUUCCACCACAUCUACGACUUCACCGACUUCCAGACCAGCGUCGAGGAUGACAAGUAUGAGAUCCCAAAAGGUGCCUACUGCCCACACCGCAAGAAUACAAAGUCGCUGCCAUCUUUGAACGAUUUCUUCCACUAUUAUGCCGAGAUUGUAAUCCCCGAGGAAAAGAGCAUCGGCUUUAUCAAGGAGAGUUACGACUACACAAUCAACCUGGUGAGCUACAAGUACUAUCCCCCGGCCCACUCCCCAUACGGCACCGACGUCCUCGUGGAGGUGCACGACUACAACACAGGUGUGGCCUAUAUAACUGACCCUAUGCUGGGCAACUGUUCCGCCAGGCGUAUUGAAAGUACCAGUUUGGACGCCCAUGUCAUCAACGGCAACGACGUCCGCAUCCGAACAUCGCAGGAAUUUUUCAACUUCAACAACGCAAGUUACCACUACAUCGGAGAGCGGACCGUGCGGAACGUGAAGUGCGACGUGUGGACUGCGUUGCGGCAUGACUGGCCGGCAGGGGUCACGGGGGUCAACUCCACGUUUGAGUGGUACUUUGCUCAGCCCCAGGUGACGGAGGAGAUCGGCUACAAUAACGCGGAGACCAAGGUGCCCGUCAUGCUUGAGGUCACAGUCGCCAUGACUCAACAGAACGCCCACUUCGUGUACAACUUCUACGACUACGACGAGGACCAGCCUAUGAUUUGGAAUUUCGACAUCAGCCCGUGUUUCAACUACCUUCACAGAAAGUCCUUCAAGUUCGCCCUCCCCGGCAGCUUCCGUCAGGUCGUGAAGGUUGAUGAGGACUUGUUCAAGUAUUACCUUAUAAUGGAGGUACAGGCUGUUACAGACGUCACCCCUCUCAGGAUCAACAACAUCAGGGUAGACUACGAUCAAACCGAUCUCAUUGUGUCCUUCACCUUGCUAGACGUUCCGCCGCUCUCUGGUGACGUCACAAGCCACGUGAUCGAAGUAACUCUGGCGGCUGCAGUCACGAAACUGACUACGGCCGUCAACCAGGGGAAAUUCAAAUUGCGGAUUGUGUCUCCAAGUUUAAAUGGCCCGGUGCAGAUGACAGCCAAGGCCUACAGCUCCUCCAGCUGGGACGUGACGGUCAACGAGGACACAGCCACACCCGGCGUGGGCUAUAGUGCAGGGGUCAUGGGCGGCACGGCAGUCGGCCUCAUUCUGGUCAGCUUCAUCAUCGGGUUCAUCGUUCUCUACGUCGUUUACCGUGUUCGCGGGGGAGCGUUCACGCCCAAAAAGUUCGACGAUCAUUUACCGGUUAUUACAUAGUGUUAAUAAAACAGUUUGUAAAAAAACUUA